UAAUACAAUUACCUCAAUCCUUUCUGUUCCACUUCACACUUCUUUGUUCUCAUGCAAAAGCAGAGUUUUGAAGGAUUAAGGGUGGAAAAUGGCAACGGUCUCCACAUUUUUAACUCCUUUACGUUUAGUCUCCAAUACCCAUUUUAAAUCUCCCGAAAGCCUCUCCUUUUAUCCUAAUUCAAUCCAUUUUCAGACCAAAGUUUGCUCAUUUUCGUCCAACAACUUAUCAUUGUCCUCCAAAACGACCAAAACUCUUCAUGGGACUUGGAAACUCAAGUCUGCUGAAGAAUGAGAAACAUAUGUUGCUGAGCAACAAGACUCUGUUUCUGUUCCUGUCUCUCCCUCUGACACUCUCAGAAUGUACUUCCAGGUCACUUACAAUCAAUCUUGAUUGUUUGAAGGUAGAUGGAAUGUUGAAUGAAGCUGAAAUUCCAAAGGUAACUAAGGCAUUAGAGGGAGCCGAAGGCGUUUCCAACUUGAAGGUUCAAGUCCUUGAGGGUAUUAGUACUGUUGAGACGAGUGUUCUUUUUACGACGGUCCAAGCUACCGGAGUGGCAUCCAAUUUGGUGGAGCUCAUACAGGGUGCAGGAUUCAAGUUACAGACAUUGAAUUUGAGCUUCGAUGAUGAAGAAGACAUUCUUGUGUAG